CCUAAGUUGGUCCAGCAUACAUAUCGUUGUCCUAAUGCACAAUUUACCUGCAUUGAUUGUUCUACUACCUUCACUGGUAAAAGUUAUUUAGAUCAUAAUAGCUGUAUUUCUGAAGCUGAGAAAUAUCAAAAAGGUUUAUAUAAGGGCAAUAAAAAGGGUAAACAGAAUCAACUUAAUAAGCCUAAACAAGAUAAUAAUACGAACAUCUCCUUAGAAAGUAUAAAACAAGAUCAAUCUCCUGAUACUACCAAUAAUAAUCAAGAAUCAAAAGAUAAUACUAAUUCUCCUUCUAAAAAGAAGAAUAAAAAUAAAAAGAAACUGCAGGAUAAUCAACAUAAGGAUGAAACUGAAGGGGAAAAGGAAGGAUCUACAGGUGUGUUGAUUAUUGACUUUGAUCACAAAAAAGUUAAAGAAUCAGCGGAUUUAAUUGCAAAGCAGGAAAACGACAAUAAAAAUGAAAAUGUUCUUAAUAGUAGCCCCAAAAAGAAAAAGAAGAAAAGGUCUUCCGUUAAUAUUAGUAGUAAUGAUAUCAAAGUCGAGAUUAAUUGUAAUGAUGCUACGAUGACGGGCAUAGAUGAAGUAAAUGGAGCGCAAUUAUUCCAAAUUGAAAAGGUAAUUGAAACAUCAACGAAAAGUAGUAAUUUCAAAGUCGAGGAGAAUAAGAAGAAUAGUGAUGGUGAUGCCACGGUAACUGGUUCAGACGAAGCAAAAGAAGCAAAUGAAGCGCAAUCAGUCGAAACUGAAAAGGCAAUUGAAACACCAAAGAAAGAAAGCAAUACAGUGAAUCUUGAUAAAAGCGGCAAAAAGAAAAAGAAAGAAAGGAACAGAUCUUCCAUUAAUCUUAUUAGUAAUGAUAUCGAAGAGAGUAAAGAAGAUAGUGACGGUGAUUCCAUGAUGACAGGUACACCAAAGAAAGAAACCAAUACAAAGAAUCCUGAUAAAGGCAGCAAUAAGAAAAAGAAGAGAUCUUCCGUUAAUAUUAAUAUUAAUAGUAACAAUAUCAAAGGCGAGGAGAGUAAAAAGGAUAAUUAUGGUGAUGCUACGAUAAAGGAUUCAAAUGAUGUAAAUGAAGUGCAGUCGGCUCAAACCGAGAAGGUAAUUAAAACACCAAAGAAAGAAAGCAAUACAGUGAAACUUGAUAAAAGUAGCAAUAAGAAGAAGGAAAGGAAUAGAUCUUCCGUUAAUAUUAGUAGUAUUGAUAUCAAAGUCGAGGAUAUUGAGAAGAAUGGUGAUGGUGAUGGUGAUGCUACGAUGUCGGAUUCAAAUGAAAAGGAUUCUAUGAUUCAAUCUGAAUCAUCUAUUGAAGUAUUGAUGAAAGAAAUUUCUGAUAAAAAAGACAGGAAACGAAAGUCUAUUGAGCCUAUAUUACCCGAAAAAGGUGAACUUAAGACUCUGACAAAUAAAAAGCAAAAGAUUAUUGACAAAACCAAGGAUCAGAAAAAUGCAAAAUUCGUUCAUAAGACUUUUGAUCCAACAAGUAUUCCUGAAGUUAUUAAGAAGAUCUUCAAAAGUAACGAGCAUGAUGAGAUAAAUCUUAAACGUCUUGAAGAAAUGGUGGUUCGUGAACUGAUUCCCAAUUCAAAUUUAUCUGAAAAUGAAUUAAGUGAAAGAUUUCUAGAGAAUAUCGUGCUAACUAUGAAAGAUGGGAACAUUAUUUUAAAGUAA